AUGGCUGACAAAAUCCGCGAAUCUCUUGGUUCAAUGGGCACUCUUUUGUCCGCAAUGAGGGCUCCGCUUCCAACCGUCACAGGCGAUGGUUCAGCACUGCCAGUAGAGAAGAACGAGACGAUUGCGCCCACUCUAAAGACUAUUGUCAAAGACGUUUCUCAUCUUGGAUUCAACACUGCCGAAAAGGUCGCAGAAAUGAGCAUCAAGACCAAGAAUGGAGAAGAUCUCGACGACAAACAAUACCUUAUGGAAUACCUCAUCAAAGCCGCUCAACAACUUCCAAACGAUGUGGUCGGCCAAAAACUCACAAACAGCUUUGUAACUGCUCUUUGGAAUGACCUCGAACAUCCUCCGAAGGUCUUUAUGAGUGACAGAUACCAAUACCGCAGUGCAGAUGGUUCCGACAACAGCUAUCUUCAUCCUCGUCUGGGAGCUGCCCAUGAAUCUUAUGCUCGCACCGUCAAGCCAGCGACGACUCAGCCAGGCAAUCUACCCGAUCCAGCUGUCCUAUUCGAUGUCCUUAUGGCUAGAAAGGAGGCUACUGAGCACCCCAACAAAAUUUCUAGCAUGCUGUUCUACUUGGCAUCAAUCAUCAUUCAUGAUCUGUUCAAAACGAACCACAAGGAUUUCCGGAUCUCCGACACUUCGUCCUACCUUGACUUGUCUCCACUUUAUGGCAGCGACCAGAGCGAACAAGACACAAUCAGAACGUUCAAAGACGGCAAAAUCAAGCCCGAUUCGUUUGCAGAGACCCGUCUUUUGUCCUUCCCUCCUGGAGUUGGCGUGAUCAUGAUCAUGUUCAAUCGUUUCCACAACUACAUCGUGGAGCAACUUGCUCUCAUCAACGAGAACAGCAGGUUUACUCGGCCCGCUGAGGAUGCAGCAAAGGAUAAAUGGACCAAAUACGACAAUGAUUUGUUCCAAACCGGCAGAUUGAUCACUUGUGGUCUAUACAUCAACAUCAUUCUCAUUGACUACGUGAGAACGAUCUUGAACCUCAACAGAACAGACUCUGAUUGGUCUCUUAACCCACGCGCUGAAUUCCCUGGUCAGCCUGACCUUGGCUGUGGCAAUCAAGUCAGUGCCGAAUUCAACCUGGUUUACCGUUGGCAUUCAGCAGUGUCAGACAGAGAUGACAAGUGGACCCAAGACCUGUUUGCAAAGCUCUUUCCCGGAAGAAAGCCAGACGAAGUGCCUCAAAUGGAGUUUUUGAAGACUCUAGGUCACAUGGAGGCUGAUCUCAAAGCCCAAGAUCCUACGGAGCGCAACUUCCAUGACAUUCAGAGGAAUGCUGAUGGGACUCUACCAGACGACACACUCGCUCAGAUUCUGGUUGAGAGUAUCGAGGAUUGCGCCAAUGCUUUUGGGCCCCGCCAGGUACCUCUGGUAAUGAAGCAGAUCGAAGUGCUGGGUAUUAGACAAGCAAGAGCUUGGAACCUUGCAACUCUCAACGAGUUCAGGAAGCACUUCCAUCUGAAGCCUUACUCAACAUUUGAAGAGAUCACUGCUGAUAAGGAGAUCUCUGAGUCUCUCAAGCACCUAUAUGAUCACCCCGAUAACGUUGAGCUGUAUCCUGGGCUGGUUGUCGAAGACGCAAAGCUUCCAAUGCGUCCUGGAUCAGGACUUUGUCCCUCGUACACAACGUCCCGCGCAAUUCUUUCAGAUGCUACUGUUCUGGUUCGUGGCGAUAGGUUCUAUACCACCUCCCAUCAUCCCGCAGCGCUCACAAACUGGGGUUUCGCCGAACAAGGCUCUGAUCUUAAGAUCAACCACGGUUGUGUCAUGUACAAGCUUUUCAUGAAGGCUUUCCCGAAUCACUUCCGCCCGGAUUCGGUCUAUGUUCACUUCCCGUUCACUGUACCUGAUGAGAUGAAGAAGGUCUUAACUGGUCUAGGCAAGGCCCACAAGUACAAUUUUGACAGACCAACUCGCCUUCCUCCGACCAAGAUGUUGUUCUCUUACGAUGCCGCAAAGAAGAUUCUUUAUGAUCAGGAGGCGUUCAAAGUGUACUGGGGACCAAAGAUCGAAUUCCUUAUGGGUCCUGAAGCCAAGAGCUUCAUGCUUGCGGGCGACAACAAGGUCAACGAAGCUUCUCGUGAUAUGAUGGAGCAGGCUCUGUAUCUCGGCAAAUUCUCCCGCACAGAGCCCACAGGACACGAAAAAUGGCUUCUUGAGGUCCGCAAGUUCUACGAAGAGCACACCUCUAUGCUGCUGCAGCAGCACUCAUAUAAGCUUGCCGGCACUAACUACGUGGAUCUCAUCCGUGAUGUGACCAACAUCGUACAUGUGCACUUUUGCUCAGAGGUUUUCAAUCUACCACUCAAGACGGAAGAACACCCGCAUGGCGUCUUCACAGAGAAACAAAUGUAUCUUGUGAUGGCAGCUGUCUUUGCAUGUGUUUUCUUCGAUGUCGACCCGGAACACUCGUUCGAACUACGACAAGGCGCUCACGAUGCUAUCCAACAAGUCGGAAAGCUCAUGGAGAUGCAAGUUCAAGCCAUGGCACUGCCACAGGUGUCUGGUGCCAUUGAUCGCAUUAGUGAGUGGUGGUAUGGCAAGGAUCGCUCGAUCCUCACCCAGUAUGGCAAGCACAUGAUUGAGCGCUUAUUGCACACUUCGGGUAUGGGUGUCAAAGAGCUCGUAUGGGCACAGAUCAUUCCUACCGCGGGUAGCAUGUGCGCCAAUCAGGGUCAAUUCUUCGGACAAGUCAUUGCUUGGCUUUUCAGCGACGGCCGCGAGUAUCUUCCAAUCCUUCACGAAUUGGCCGUCAGAGGUACCCCUGAGGACGAUGAGACGAUCAUGCGCUACUUCCUUGAAUUCUCACGUCUGCACAGCGAGACUGGAGUUUAUCGUACCGUCGCCAAGGAGAUGAUCGUCGAAGACAUGGACCGUAGAGUCAAGCUCAACGUUGGCGACACGGUCACUCUCAACUUCCGCUCUGCAUCUCGCGACCCUGUCAUCUUCCCUGACCCCGAAACCAUCAAGUUGGACCGCCCCAUUGAGUCGUACAUCCAUCUAGGCCAGGGACCUCACCAAUGUCUCGGUCAACCCAUGACGCUGGUCGCCAUGGGCGCCAUCCUCAAAACCCUCUGCAAACUGCCCAACCUUCGUCCCGCACCCGUCUGGCCUGGCCCCGUCGACAGUGUCAAGAAAGUCGUCAAAGACUUCUCAGCUCUUGCCCCUGAUGUCGAAUUCAAGCCUGAAUGGCAAUACCACUGUUACCUGCUCGAGGAUUGGGACCGCUACUUCCCCUUCCCUGCGAGCUUGAAGAUCUGCUAUGAUGGGCAGGCCGCUUAG